CUCAAACUUUACCCCUGUGAUGUAAGUGGAUAGAGUAGUUGCUAACGGAGAUUUAUCUCUCUUAAACCUCUCCGUAGAAAGGCAGUUGGUGGCGGUGGUUUGCGGCGGCGGUAGUUGUGGUAGGUGGGUUCGUACUUCUGAUUAUCUUUGCAGUUGCAUUGAUUUGCAAGAAGAAUUGAGAUAUGGCGGCGAUUUACACCUCCGUGCGUUCCUUCACACCUUGUUUGACUUCGGUAUCUCCGCCAUCUUCAUCGCUAGUUACAGGAACUUCAAGACUAUCUUCAUCAUCAUACAUCGCUCCUUCAUCAGUUACGAGGUUUCCAAGAUGUGCUUCCGCUCAUCGGACGGCGUCGGCGGCGAUGGUUGUUUGUAUGGCCCCGGAUGAAGAGAAAUUGACUCGUCGGAACCCUCUUGAUUUCCCUGUGGAAUGGGAAAGGCCAAAACCAGGAAGAAGACCUGAUAUAUUUCCACAGUUUAGUCCAAUGAAAACACCAUUGCCACCACCAUCACCAUAUGACCCUCCUGCAGAAGAUGAGGAAGAAGAUGAUGAAGAGAACAAAGAAGAAGAGGAAGAGGAUCCUGAUAAAGAACAAUCAGACAAGUAAACUAAACAUGGUCUUAGAUUCAUUCAUCCAUUUUUGUGCUCUUUAAAUGGUCAGAUAGAUAGGUUGAAAUUUGAAAAGAAGUUAAUGGUCGUUAGGAGACGUUGUAAUGGCUAAACGAUGAUUCUUGGUUUUUGUUAUGGAAAA